AGGAAAGGGUCCCCUGAAAGGGAGGGAUAACCGGAAGUGGGGGACCCGAGGAGAGAGAGACCCCAGGAAAUGGGGACACCUGGGGAGGGGGUGACAACCGGAAGUGGGGGUCUCGCAAGGUUGUCUGCGGGAUGUGGGGGUCUCUGACCUCUGCUUGUUUGAGGGGAAGGCGAAAAAGAGGGGAGAUGCUCCACAAAUACAGGCUUCGGAUGAGGAAGACAUGUCAACCUGCGGUCCCCACCCCCAAGAAUUCCCGGCCUCACCCUAACAAAAGCUGCUUGAAUCUCAUGCGUGUGUCCACCUGUCCGUUCAUUCACCAGACACUGCCGCGGCCCCGGAGAUUAAACACGAAGCUCCAGGUGGCGUGUAGGGGUUGUGCGCCCGGUGUGGAGGUAGACACGUCCUUGCCCUGCCUCCGUAGCUGUGCAUCUUUGGGCACAUCGCUUAGCCUCACAUCCUCCACGGAUGUUUACUGAGCACUGUUAUGUGCCAGGCGCUGGGUGUCGAUAGCAGUGGACAUGGCAGGCAAGUUCCCUGCCAUCAUGGAAUUUACAUUCUAGUGGACAGUUUCCUCCUCUGUAAAAUGGUAACAGUAAUGGUGCUUUCACCAAAUAUUGUGAAGAUUAAAUGAGAAAAUGGACGUAAAGUGCUUAGCGCAGUACUUGAUACAUAGUAAAGCGCUCAAAUACGUAUUAGCUCUUUUUAUCAUUCCACUGUGAUGUAAGCGAUCCCUGAGUGGCGCACACAGUUUGGGCUGGACUAACCUAAAGAUUGGCGGUUGGAACCCACCUAGUGGUGCCACAAAACAAAAGUCUGGAUCUGCUUGCAUUAAAAUUACAGCCAAGAAAACUCUGUGGAGCAGUUCUAUUUUCUAACACAUGGGGUCUCCAUGAGUGGGAAUGGACUUGACGGCAAGGGGUUAUGGUGUAAGCUUCAUAAAGGCUUAGAAUUGUGUUGUUCGCUGCGGUGUCCUCAGUGCCUGUGGACAAGGUUCCUGACACUUAUAGUGGGGAUCAGUAAUUAUUUGAUGAAUGAAUGGUGAAACUGACUCAGGAGUUUCAUGUAAACACACUGGACACUGGGCUGCAGUUUCUAAAAGAGAAAUAGGAACCCUGUUCUGUGGAAAACGAAGGAAUCAGCCUGGGAGGUGAUAAGCUGCCUCCUUGGGAACCAGGACAGGAAAUUCCAGGCAAAGGGUAUUGGAAAUACAUGAGGUGUUCCCAGUAUAUGAGUCAUUGGUUUGUUUUGGCUGGAAUUUAACAAACACUGAGAAGGGGAGAGAUGGGAGAUGAGGCUGGAGAGGGGCUUUGAGGCUAGGCCUGUAGCCCGUGGCUGCUGCAGUCUGUCUUUCAGGUAGGUGCUGGAUUGGGAUUACUGGUGUUUGUUGCUGACUUCCUUGGAAACAGAACCUGGAGUGGGAGUGGGUCCUGUGAACCCAUGAAUUGCUGUGCCAUACCUCACUCAGCAUAUCUCUGCCAAUGCCAAGCUGGUUAAACUCAUUCAACAAGUAUUGUGGGGUGCAGAGCAUGUGUCUGACACCAUGUUAGGUGCUGGGUUUAAGGUGAUGAACAAGACAGACACAGGCGUUGCCCUCAGAUUGCCUACAACAGAGUGAAGGAAGUGGUAUGCAAAGAGCAAUAGAGGCUCCUGUGUGGGAGGCACCUAGCCUGGCCUGGGGGUCAGAGAAGGCUUCUACUUCAAGCCACCGUCAUCACUCCUGGAUUAUUGCAAUAGCUUCUAAAUAGUCUCUGUCCUCAUCCCCUUACAUUCCAUUCACAAGAAAGCAGUCAGAGUGAUCCUUUUAAAAUAUAAAUCAGAUCAUAUCGUUCUGCUCAAAACCCUCCAUAGCUCCCACCUCAAGUAAAAGUCAAAGUUCUUACUGGCCUACAAGGCCCUGUACCAUUGGGGUCCCCAUACCUGUCUGAAUUCAUCAGCUACUAUUCUCUGCCUUGCUCACUUUUUUCACACUGGCCACCUUGCUUUUCCUCAAAAAAAGCCAGACAUGUUCCUGCCUCAGGCUUUACACUUAUUCUUACUCCAGAUUUCUGCGUAGCUUGCUCCCUCGCUUCCUUCAGGCCUUUGCCAAAACGUCACCUUGGUGAGGCCUUCCCUGACCACCCUACUUCAAAUUGCAACCUCCAUCCCCAGGCACAUCCAGCCCCCUUCCCUGCUUCCGUAGCACUUACCACCUUCUUACAGACCAUUAUUUUGCUGAUAGUCUGUGUCCCCUACUAGAAUCUAACCUCAAUGAAGGCAGCAUUUUUUGUUCAUUCCUGUAUCCCCAGUACCUGGAAGAGGGCCUGGUACAUGGAUCCUAGUAGCUAAUGUCAGAAGAAAGUGACUCUGUGAGAACCAGCCCCUCUGCAGCCUCGCUUUCUGAAAAUGAGCUGCCGCCACCCCCCGAGCCCCCUGGCUAUGUGUGCUCACUGACAGAAGAACUGGUCACCAAAGCCAGGGAGGAGCUGCAGGAGAAGCCGGAAUGGAGACUUCGGGAUGUCCAGGCCCUUCGUGACAUGGUGCGGAAGGAGUACCCGAACCUGAGCACCUCGCUCGACGACGCCUUCCUACUGCGCUUCCUCCGAGCCCGCAAGUUUGAUUACGACCGGGCCCUGCAGCUCCUGGUCAACUACCACAGCUGCAGGAGAAGCUGGCCCGAAGUCUUCAAUAACCUGAAGCCGUCGGCCCUAAAAGAUGUCUUCGCUUCCGGAUUCCUCACCGUGCUGCCCCACACCGACCCCAGGGGCUGCCACAUCCUCUGCAUCCGCCCAGACAGAUGGAUCCCGAGCAAUUAUCCAAUUACCGAGAACAUCCGAGCCAUAUACUUGACAUUAGAAAAGCUCAUUCAGUCUGAAGAAACGCAGGUGAAUGGAAUUGUAAUCCUCGCUGACUACAAAGGAGUGAGCUUAUCAAAGGCAUCUCAUUUUGGCCCUUUUAUUGCCAAAAAGGCAAUUGGCAUCCUCCAGGAUGGUUUCCCCAUUCGGAUAAAAGCAGUCCAUGUGGUAAAUGAACCUCGAAUAUUUAAAGGCAUUUUUGCCAUCAUAAAACCGUUUCUGAAGGAGAAAAUAGCAAACAGAUUCUUCCUCCAUGGGUCUGACCUGAACUCACUCCACACAAGCCUUCCAAGAAGCAUUCUCCCCAAGGAGUAUGGGGGCACAGCUGGAGAGCUGGACACCACCACCUGGAAUGAGGUGCUGCUGGCCUCAGAGGAGGUCUUUGUGAGAGAGUUCUGCCAGCCUGUCCCUACCUGUGACAGCAUCCUGGGUGAGGCCCCGCUGCCCAAAGGGCUGACCUCAGAUGCACAGUGUGAUGACUCCAUGUGGGCUGUGAAAUCACAGCUGUACUCCUGCUACUAGCCAGGCGGCCAGAUGGCUCAGCCUCUGUGUGUCACCAUCAUCACGUCCUUUCCUUUUUCCUUCGGAGAGGCACAAGGAGAAUUUAAGGUGCCAUGGAUGCAGUCUUGCUCCUUGUAAUUAAACUGCAGCCCAGAGGAAAAGCCUGUUGAGCUUUGGCAGCAAGCCAUGGGGUGAGCCCUUGGUUACUUGAAUUACUCCAUGGAAGCCCUGGAAAAUGUCACCGGUGAUUCCUGAGUGCACGACCAUUAAUCUGGAAGCUGUAUCCGGUUUUUAUGCAUCUUGAAGCAAGAAAAAUCAGGACCAAAGUCACUUUGAUCCCACUUUGCAGAAAACCACCCGAUUUGGUAGUCAGCGCACUUCCAGGAAGCAGUUUGGCCGAACCUUUCACUCCAUGUGAGACGGGAGCACUGGAUGUUAGGUGCCGUCAAGUCAGUUUCAACGCAUAGUGACCCCAUGUGAAGAGUAGAACUGCCCCAUAGAGUUUUCUAGACUGUAAUCUUUAUAAAAGCAGAUUGCCAGGUCUUUCUCCUGUGGCAGGGUGGCCACACAGGAGACUUGGGAGUUUGCGCCUCUCACAUGAGCCCUAUCUGUAGACCUCUGUUGCUCAUCAGGAAACUUCCAAGUGUGAGGUCCAGGCCCCGGCUGCCUUCAGUGGGUUUGGAAAGCACCUUAACUGUAUCAUGCAAGCUUCAGGACAUAAGCAGAAUUUCCUGAUCAAGUUCAGGAGCCAGAGAUUUUAAAGCACCCCUGGGAUUCACGGGUUGACUCUUGCAAUAGAAACUUCAGUUUUCCCAAACCCGUAAAGCCUUAGCCUUGGUUUUCAAUAGAACCAUGCAGGUUCCUGGAAGUAUAUGAUUUUACUCAACCCAAAAUACUGGAUUCCAGGCCAGUGUAGCUGAAAGAAUUCUGGCCUAGGAAUUAGAGACCAGGGCUUCAGCCCUAGAUGUGUGACCUUGGACUUCUGUGGGCCUUAUGGGCCUCAGUUUUCCUGUCUGUAAAUGAGGUGGGAAGAAGUGAUGUCUAGGGCCCUUUUGGCUGCUGAGGUUCUGGGAUUUGGUAGUUAUUGAAUAAUGUUUGACAUUGGCAUUCUGCCUAGAAAGUGACUCUCUAGAUGGAAGUAGUUGGAUCCCAUUUUCUGUGUCACACGUGGGCCUUUCCAAGAGGGAUGUGUCACCAUUUGGCCCUGCCCUUGAAGAAACUAGUAUAUAUAUUCCUGGGACUCAGUGAUACCAACUUCCAUUUUGUAGUGAUGGUUAAACUUUAAAAGGAUGACUUCUGUGAAGGCUUAAGAGGGCAGAUGAGAUGACCAGGAUCCUAUAUGGAUACAUUCCAUCCCUGACACUGUGGUGGUAUAUUGUAAACCUGGCAACAGUGAAUGGUUACAUUACUUGGUAUUCUUAAAUGUUUGUCUCUGGAAAUGAACGUGAGGGCAGGUCAUAGCUGGGCCACUUCUGGGACCCUUGCCCUUCCAAAUCCACUUUGGUUUCUCUCUCAGGUGUGGGAAGACAGAUUUCAGUUGGUCCAAUAAGCCUGAGUGUUAGCUGUGUUUUAGCACUUUAGAUCUUUCCUAUCAAGAAUUUAGCCUUAGCCCAAGCAUUACAUUAGGUGGUUCAUCAGAUGGCUUUGACCUGUCUUCAUAUUCAUUCCGUGUAUAUUACGGUGUUAACAUAGUGACGAGUGUUGUGCACCUUCUCCAUGUAUUUAUUAGACCAACCAGGCAAGGCAGACAGCUCAAUUAGGAAGCGAACAGUACUCGGAAAUUCAAAGGCCUGUCUGUUGUUACUAAGCCGUUCAUCUUUGUAGCACUUUUUAAAAUGCCUGGAGAAGUUGGUGGUGGAAAUUAAUUUACUUACAUCAUUAGUGCCAAUUCUAGGGAAAGCUCUUUUCACCAUGGAUACUAGCCCUGUAUCCUCCAGGGACCUGGCUGAGCUGGAAGUGCCAAAAUGCACAGCCCCGGCUGCUUCUAGUUCCAUCUGACGAUGACGAUGUGGCCAGCAUUGCUGGGAAAGCCUAAAUGGGGCAAAUGGCAUGGCUAAGGUAAAGGGUUCAGAAUGCAACUGUCUGGAGAAUUGGCUUUCUUAGGUCCCCCAAGAGGAAAGAAAAAUUUGAAGAAAAAAACCUAGAGAAAGCAAGAAAUGAAUCACUCAGCUCCCUCAAGUUUCCAAGGUUUAAAUUCUACCAUUGGGUUCCUGGCCAGUUGCCUUUGUGUCUGUGGCUUAACAAAGGGAUGGCCAAACUCACCUAGAGAAAUGCAUGAGCACCAGGACAGAUGCUUCCCAUUUCCCGGGCGUUUCCAGUUCAACCAAGAAGGAGCUGUUUCAUCAGCUGACAGGAGUCAGGGCUGAGGUUUGCCUGCCUCCUGGAGCCACUGUGCUCUGUAUCAGCUCCAAAGAGAGACCACACCUCAGGAGGUUUGAAGCAGGCUGUUAAAUCAGGACCUCCCUGGGUGAAGAUCAAGGCAGUCUCCGUGUGGUGUUUGUAUACAGUUACCCCUGUGGGGUGUGGAAUGACAGACUGGAGCACUCAGAGCCUCAUUCAGUAGUGGGGAGAGCCUUGGCAGCCUGGGCAGCCUGAGCAAACUGAACAUUGAGAGCAGAACUGGGAGUGUCUUCCUUCAGGGAGAAGUUCUGACCCAUUUUACAAACAUCUGGAAAUUAACUUUUCCCUAAAUCCAGGGCAAUGUGGUAUUGGGAAGAGGAAGUUUGUAAAUUAGGAGACCUGAAUUCCACCUUUACCUUGUUACGUGGCCUUGGCUGAUCCACACUCUGAGCUCUGAAACCCUGAUCUCAGCUUUACUGUCACAGGGACACUGUUCUCUCUUUUUAGAGGUUUCCCUCCUCAUCUGGAAUAUAUUUAGGAAAUCUAUACCUGAAUGGGAGCCCUGGUGGCAAAGUAGUUAAGAGCUCAGGCUGCCAACCAAAAGGCCGGCAGUUCGAGUCUACCAGCUGCUCCUUGGAACGCUAUGGGGCAGCUCUCCUCUGUCCUAUAGGGUUGCUAUGAGUCAGAAUCAACUCGAUGGCACACAACAGACCUGAAUGAAUUGGCACCUAAAGUUUCCAAAUGAAUCUGUAAGCUUAGGUAAUAAAGGCAUUUUUUUUUCCUCCUCUUCCCCUAUACCACUACACGGAAUUCUAGGAAAAUGUGCCUCUUCCUGGAUUCCUAGUCUACCUUCAUGGAAGGUAGACUAGGAAUGGAUGGAAGACAUUUUUAGAAACAGCUUAAAGUGCAGACCCUAACUUCACAUCCUGAGUUUAUUUGUUCUGGCUAAGGUGGCUCUGAAGCCCCCAUUCCUCAUCCUGCUUUCACACGAACUCCCUUGUUCUUAGGGGUUUAUAAACACUGCGGGUUGUAAGAUACCAAGCUUUUGCCAGGAGAGCCAGGGCAGUAUUUUUCUGGAAUUCCUGUGAGAUGGUGGGCCUUUCAGAAGUCUCUCUGGGGUGGGCAGUUUCUUCAAAUGCUGUCUGAGUCUCACAUCAGUCAUGGGAUUACUCUUUCAUUUGGGUUGGGAAAAGCUAUAGUACGGUUGUGGCAUUGUUAUCUCACUUUAAGAAGUUUCCAGCUUUUAAGGUUUUCCUUUGAAACCUUUCUUUUAGGGAGUAAAAUGUCAGCUAAGCUAAUGUACAGGUGUGGCUGUCCUGUGGCCACGAGAGGUGUGGCGACAUUGAGCAGAAAAAAGUCACAAGUUCAGAGAUGUCAACUCCACUAACACCUUUUGGUGUUGGUCUGUUAAUUUUGUAAACUUCAAGUUAAGUUCCUUCCUGAUCUACCGACUCAGAAAAACAAGCCUGCUUGAAGUGUAAGAAGCCAGCCUUGUUGGUUUGGGUUCAGAUGGAUUGUCAGUCAGCUAUUCCUCCUGAUAGGAGCUUGCUCCAUGGAAAACCCCAGUGUGAUCUGUGAUGCGGAUGAUAGGGAGUUCACUAUUUUUCAAUUAGCUUUAAAAAAAAAAA